AUGAUAAUCAGGAAGAUUAUCACAAACGUACCAAAGUUAAAGCAUACGCCUAUAUUUGUCCCCAUAGCUCAAAAUUUACUCUCGUCGUACUACUAUUAUUGUUUUGGUCUCUUGCCAUGCAUCAUUGACUUGGAUGAUCAAACCACCAUGCAUUUUUGGAUCUCCAAUCAUAGGCGCCACGAUCGUCCGAACCUAGUCCUCAUCCAUGGUUGUGGUGGCGAUGCAUGCUGGCAAUUCUUCCUCCAGAUAGGAUCACUAUCCAAAUCAUUCAACAUAUACAUGCCAGAUUUACUCUUCUUUGGUAAAUCAUACACCAAGUGCAUGGACCGUACGCCUCGUUACCAAGCCAAGUGUGUGAUGGAAGGGCUGAAGAAGGGAUUCGGCGUCGAUCGAUGCACGGUAUACUCGAUCAGUUAUGGAGGGUGGGUGGGCUAUUCCAUGGCUGAGAUGUACCCUAACAUAGUGGAGAUGAAUGUGAUAGUUAGCACUGGUGUAGGAACUACCAUUGAACAGAAGUUGAAUCAGCUAAGUAGGGUAGGGAAGCAAGCAGAGGAUCUUGUUCAAGUUGUUAUACCAAAGGAUACUGAUGCAAUCAAAUUGUUGGUAAAAUCAUCAUCAUACAAGUCUAAUCCUGCAAUUUGGGCUCCUGAUUUUUUACUUUGGGAGUUUAUCAGGGUAAUGGAGGAUAAAAACAGGAAGGAAAAAGAAGAGCUUAUCAGAUGUUUAAUAUCAGGAGAAGCAGAUUCUAACGUUUCUGCUUUAUCACAGGAAACACUUCUUGUCUGGGGUGAUCAGGACAUCUUCUUCCCGGAGGACAUAGGCCAUCAACUACUAAGGAUGUUGGGGCCUAAAGCAAGAUUAAUGAUAAUUAAGGAAACUGGGCAUGCAGUAAAUAUUGACUCGCCAAAGGAACUCAAUGAGUUGAUCAAAUCGUUUAUUUUUGGUAAAUUAGAUAAAUAG